GGACGACCCUAUCUCUGGGAGGAUGUUGACGGCAUUCCUCCCACGGCCGGGAGUCAGCGGGUGGCGCCUGGGCACACUGUUAUCAGCACACAGGCGUCCUGUUUGGAGCUACCGAAAAUAGGCCGAAAUGUGUGAUGGUGAACCUUUCCCUCUCCUUUUGGUUCUCCCCUGUCCAGCCGCACCGUAUGAAUGGACGAUAGUUUUGGUCAAGGCUUGAGGCUCUGAGUGGCGUAACAGCCGGGAAUACUGGCUAGAGAGAGAAGGUUAGUCUUGUAUGGUUUGCUGUCAGGGAGUGGCGUUUUGUAAAGAAGAUUUGCUACUAGAGAACCGCUCGUCGACAUGUUGUCGGACAGAGGCUUGGUCAGCGAUUUCCUGUACAGAUCUCCCCUCGCGGCCCUCCGCCGUCUGCCGAAGGCACAGAAGAAGGAACGCCGGCGUUUCGUCGAGAAGGACGGGGGAUGUAACGUUGUCAACAGCAACAUCGGGGAGCCAGGGAGGUACCUCGACGACAUCUUCACCACGGUGGUCGACCUUGGGUGGCGGGAAAUCCUGCUGAUCUUCACCUGCAUGUUCGUGCUGAACUGGUUCGUGUUCGGCUUCCUGUACUGGAUAACGGCCUUCGCGCACGGGGACGUAACGUUCGGGUCGACGGCCACCAAUGAUGGCGGGGACCUGUGCUUCACGUACGUUAACUCUUUCACCACGGCAUUCCUCUUCUCGGUGGAGACUCAGGUGACCAUCGGGUACGGUUCCCGGGCUGUGGGGGACUCCUGUCCCGCAGGUAUGUUUGUGUUCAUCCUACACAACGUGCUAGGGCUCAUCACCUCGACCUGGCUACUCGGCAUGGUGUUUGUCAAAAUAGCACAGGGCGGUCGGAGGGCAGAGACCCUACUAUUCAGCAAGAAUGCUGUGGUCUGCCUCAGGAAGGAGAAGUUAUGCUUGAUGUUAAGAGUGGGAAAUUUGCGCCACAGCCACAUUUUUGAAGCCCGGGUCAGAGCGUUGCUGCUCAAGCCCAGACUGACCAAAGAAGGGGAGGAGGUCGUGGUGGACCAGACGGAGAUAAACGUCGUUCAUAGCGGCACAGACAGGCUGUUCGUGGUGGCACCUGUCACCAUCUAUCACGAGAUAGACCAAAAAAGCCCGCUGUACGACCUCUCACCCGACGAACUGGCCAAGUCCGAGCUGGAGCUGGUGGUCAUGUUUAUCGGGAUCGUGGAGAGCACGGCGCGGCUCACAUACUUCAUGAGCUCGUACACGACUGACGAGGUUCUGUGGGGACACCGCUUCAUGGAGUGCGUGUCGGCCCAGCCGGGCAGCUACACGGUGGACUACACACACUUCCAUGACACAUUCCCCACCCCCACCCCGGCCUGCAGCGCACGGGAGUACGAGGAGAAACUGGACGAGCAGGGGCAGAGACGGGUGGUCAGGUUCGAGGACGAGAUCGUCCGGUCAAGAAACGCACUGCCUCUGGCCGCUGCGGCAACCGGACAUGCGUCAUGACAGUGCAGAACUGCUGACCACCAUUUUAACCGAAUAUUGGUGCUAGCGUAACCAGAAAGUUAAUAACAUGAGGAAAUUGGAACCUUUUACUGAAUGGCAACUGCCAAUGUGUAUUGCUGCAAUAGAUAAACUUUCACAUUGACAAAAUGGAUUGAAAGUAUGAUAAAAUGCUAAGAACCUUGAAUGAGGUUAUGUGCUACACCUGAACUCCGCAAGGGAUAGAUUUCAAAUCAGACACUUGACGCUGUACUGUAGGCGUUACUCAAUACAUUAAGUGAUGUAUACGAAUUGACAGUAUAUUAGUAGGACUCGGUUAUAGAAUUUCAACGAAACACAAGUUUCCUUUUUCCCCUUUGUGAUUUGGGGAGAAAAAAGUGUGUGUGACAUUACGCUUUGCGUCAAAGCUUCUUGAAGACCGAUAAAACCCUACACGCUGCUAUACAGUACUGAAAUGCUUGUCAUAUCAUAGCUGCUAUGUUGUCCCACUUGGUGAAUAAAAAGGAACAUG